UCAUGUCAUCAUGUGCCUCUCACCUUAGGGCAAAAUGGUAAAUUGACAGAGCAAGCGAGGGUUCCAUCGGAGGCUUUACUUCGUUUAUCCACGGAACACUUCCGGUGCCGGCGGCGACCACUUGUGUGCUCGGGGAGGCGAUCGAUCGUCACCAUGUCCUCGGAGAAGGAGGCGGCGCUCGCCGCCGUGCCCAACGACAGCCCAACCAUAUUUGACAAGAUCAUCAAAAAGGAAAUACCUUCUACUGUGGUUUAUGAGGAUGAGAAGGUACUGGCUUUCAGGGACAUAAACCCUCAAGCUCCAACACACAUCCUCAUCAUCCCCAAAGUCAAGGAUGGACUAACUGGCCUGUCAAAGGCUGAAGAGAGGCACAUAGAGAUACUUGGCUAUCUUCUCUAUGUUGCCAAGGUUGUUGCAAAGCAGGAAGGACUUGAAGAUGGCUAUCGCGUUGUCAUCAAUGAUGGCCCAAGUGGAUGUCAAUCUGUCUACCACAUUCACGUUCAUCUCCUCGGAGGCAGGCAAAUGAACUGGCCCCCAGGCUAAGAAUAUCUUGUUGUUGAUCAGUCUUCGUGGCAAGGAUUGCUACUCCAUUUCAGAAUAAUCCCUGUAAUUUCCAUAAAAGCUAGUGCCACCUUGUGCUGUAUUUGUGGAAUUACCGGAAGCAUCCUGCUGUGAUCUAUGAAUGAACACAAGAAACUUGUACCUGGUAUCAUGGAUUGACUUAUCCUUAUUGAUCAGCUGGAGGUUGUCCACUGGCCUUGUUAGUCUGCUCAA